GCUCCCUAUAAAGAGGCUCUAGAAGAAGCAAUACUCAGUGGUCCUUGGCUGACUACAAAUCAAAACUGCUAGAAGAACGGCGAGAUAGAAGCAGCGGCAAUACACCUGAGAAAUCCAACCCCCAGCAACCAUUCCACAAAGCAAAAAAGAUCUCCAGUCCAGUCUCUGGGUGAGAGGAACUGCCGGAGUCAUGAAUGCCUCAUGGUUUGUCUCCACUCUCACUUUUGUGCUUCUCAUUGGAGAGAGCAUAGCUUGGUACUACAACACCUCCAUGGAACUCAUGACAUACGAUGAAGCCAGUGCAUACUGUCAACAGAGGUACACACAUUUGGUGGCAAUUCAGAACAAAGAAGAGAUCAAUUACCUAAACUCCAAGCUGAAAUACUCACCAAGUUAUUACUGGAUCGGAAUCAGAAAAGUUGACAACGUUUGGGUCUGGGUGGGGACCCAAAAGCCUCUGACAGAGGAGGCUCAGAACUGGGCACCAGGUGAGCCAAACAACAAGCAAAGAAAUGAGGACUGUGUAGAAAUCUACAUCAAAAGACGCAAUGACCCAGGCAUGUGGAAUGACGAAAGAUGUGACAAAAAGAAACUGGCUCUGUGCUACACAGCUUCCUGUAACCCUGCAUCCUGCAGCGGUCAUGGUGAAUGUGUAGAGACUAUCAACAGUUACACUUGCAAGUGCCACCCUGGCUUCCUUGGACCCAACUGUGAGCAAGUUGUGACCUGUGAAGCACAGAAAUGCCCUGACCAUGGAAGCAUGAACUGCAUCCAUCCUCUUGGCCUCUUCAGCUAUAAUUCCUCCUGCUCUUUCAGCUGUGAAAGGGGCUACCUUCCCAGCAGCACAGAGACCACCAUGUGGUGUGUGUCCUCUGGAGAAUGGAGUGUGCCUGUUCCAGCCUGUGAUGUGGUUGAAUGUGAAGCUAUGACACACCCUGCCAAUGGAGUCAACAAUUGUUCCUCGAAUCUUGGUAGCUUCCCAUGGAACACAACCUGUACAUUUGACUGUGACGAAGGGUACAGGCGAGUUGGAGCUCAGAAUCUACAGUGUACCUCAUCUGGCAUCUGGGACAAUGAGAAGCCAUCAUGCAAAGCUGUGACCUGUGAUGCCAUCCCCCAGCCUCAGCAUGGCUCUGUGAGCUGCAGCAACUCAACAGAUGGAGAAUUUGCCUUUAAGUCAUCCUGCAACUUCACCUGUAAGCAAGGUUUCGUGUUGGAGGGACCAGCCCAAGUUGAAUGCAGUGUAGAAGGGCAGUGGAUACCACAGUUCCCAGUGUGCAAAGUGGUACACUGUUCAAGCCUUGAAGUUCCAGGAAAGAUGAACAUGAGCUGUAUCGGGGCAAUGGUUUUUGGCACUGUAUGUGAAUUUACAUGUCCUGAUGAAUGGACACUCAAUGGAUCUGCAAUUCUGACAUGUGAUGCCACAGGACACUGGUCUGGGAUGCUGCCUACCUGUGAAGGCCCCACUGGCCCCACCCACCCCCUGGUAGUUGCACUUUCUACGGCCGGAACCUCGCUCCUAGCAUCGUCCUCAUUUCUCUACUUGUUGCUGAGAUACUUUCGGAAGAAAGCAAAGAAAUUUGUUCCUGCGAGCAGCUGCCAAAGUCUUCAAUCGUUUGGCAACUAUCAAGUACCUUCUCACAUCAUUUAAGUUCAAAACAAUCAGGAAUACAGAUGCAUCCUGGGAAACAGAAUGAUAUGACGAAGAUAGCAGGAAAUGAACUGUCUGUGGGAUCUUGGUUUCUCCUGCCUGCUUAAUAACUGGGAUCCUAACUCCAUGUAUCAAAAUUCAAUGACAAGAUGAGCUGUCCAUUAGAGAGACUCAGUUUUUUCUUUCCUAGCCAGAGAGCCAAGAACCUGCUGACCACAGAAGGUCAGGGCACUCAAAAGAGAGUGCCCCGACCAAGGCUCUAGAACAGCAAAAUUCUACCCUAGUCACUCCGGAAUUUGGGAAGAGAAAAGUCAGUUUGUGGCUUUUUUUCCUUUCUUGUUUCCCAUACGAUGUUUCAAUUGUUAAUGCUGUUAUUUUUGUUACAGAGAUAAAUAAUAAUUAUCAGUAGUUUUGAGUAAACAAUAUUCUAUUUCCAUCUUGGAGAAAAAAAGGCAAAAUUGUCACAUCCUCAGACCACCACGAUAUGGGAGUGUUGUUAGGGGUACAAGGUGCAAAUCCUGCCGAGUGGUACGUGUUAGGACUGCUAGGCAGGCCUACCAACUUUAUCCAUGUGGGAUUCAGUGGCCUCAGGAGUAUUCUCAGACAUUUGUUCUGUCCUUGCACUGAAUCUAUCAUGCUGCCCAUCAAGGGUCAAAGGACUUGAAGAAAUCAGAAAUCCUGUGACCUAUGACAAGGCAAAAGUUACUUUAAAUCAUUUUUUUAAUUGGCAAAUCCUAAUGUUCUGUCUGGCUGCAGUAAACUCAUCUUCAAAAUGAGGAAUCACUACUCAGUGUGAACCCCUGUGUAUUUAAGUGGAGCUGGUUUUCAGACAUGGUACUGUCAGAAGAAUAGAAGUUGAAGAGAGAGUUUACAUGUUUGGGGCAUUUUUCCCCAAAAUGUGCUUUUUUUAUUUCUUUCUGAAAAAAAUGUUGAGGUUAAAUGUUCUGAAUUAAUAAAAGCAUAAAUGCUAAAAGUGAAGGUGCAUUUUAAAGUAUUUGUUUGAAAGCUUGUCUAAAUAUGAAUACACUUUGCAUUUUUAUUAAGGUGAUUCUUAAUGUGUGACAAGUAGAUACCUGAUUCUUGUAUAUUUUGUAUGAUUCUAAAUCCAUGAUGAGGGUUCACCAUGUAAUAAAUGUAGGCAGUAGAUUUUUAAAGAGUAAAAGUGUCUAACAAGUCAGUCUGUAGCUGUUUUAUUCUCUGUGUCCAUAUGUUCUAGAGGAGGGGAAAACUAUGGUAUGUUGUUUUACAGAGAUUAAGAUUCCUAAGGAAUUUCACCUGUCAUUGGCAAUAACAAAUCCUUGAUCAGUAAGUGCCAAAGCUGUUCCCAUCAAAAGUAUCCCCACUUCAAAUGGCACUCAGCACGCAGAAGGCAGAGGCAGGCAGAUCUCUGUGAGUUCAAGGCCAGUCUGGUCUAAAGAGCGAGUUCCAGGACAGGACAGGCCCCAAAGCAAUACAGAAAAACCCUGACUAGAAAAACAAAAACAAACAACAAGCAAAAAAAGUGUCCCAACUUCCAAAUGAACAUAUUCAAGAAAGAGUGGUUUUGAAAAGUGCUUGCUGAAUAGUGACAAUGGAGAAGCCAAUGGUGAAUAAGUAUGGCAAGCAAUUCGGACCAAAGGGCAUGAGAGAGGAAGACAGCAAGAGCUAGAGAAAGAAAGAGUAACUGUUGUGAAACUACACAAUGUAAAUGCUUAUAUAUUUUUAUCAGAAAUAACUGUGUAAAAUAUGAAUGUUGUCUUAUCUGAAUUUUAUAGAGUAUUUUAAAUUAUGAUUUAAAAUAUUUUAUGGUUUAAAAGUAUGUAUUUA